GUUCUAUAUUGUGAAGAGUAAUGUUGUCAUUUUAAGUUUAAAAAAUAAAAAAAAUUAAAGGCAUUCAAAAUGCUGAUUUCCUUCAUUUGCAAUGUUUUAAUAUCCUCAAUUGCAUAUUCCAUUACAAGGAAGCUUAUUCCGAAUUUAAAAGAAAUGUUCAUAAAAUCAAACAUUUAUGGAAUAGACUUAAAUAAAGAUAAUGGUAUUAAAGUUCCAGAAGCGUUUGGCGUUGUGACAGGCUGUAUAUUCCUCAUUUCAUUGUUCCUUUUCAUCCCAAUUCCUUUUGGACACAUCUUCUUUGAAAGGAGAUCAGAUGAUUUUUCAAAUAAUGAGUUUGUUGAGCUUAUUUCUGCACUGCUGUCUAUAUGCUGUAUGAUAUUGCUUGGUUUUGCAGACGACGUGCUUAAUUUAAAAUGGAGACAUAAAUUACUACUUCCGACAAUAGCUUCAUUGCCACUUCUAAUGGUUUACUAUGUCAACUUCAAUUCUACAACAAUCAUGCUGCCUAAAAUACUUCAUGAAUGUUUCACAACUUCUAUUAACAUAGGAUUCUUAUAUUACGUGUACAUGGGCAGUUUGGCUGUGUUCUGUACAAAUGCAAUCAAUAUUCUGGCUGGAAUCAAUGGAUUAGAAGUUGGACAGUCUUUGAUCAUAGCGAUUUCUGUCAUUGUAUUCAACCUAUUGCAGAUUUUUGGAGAUUCUGUUUCUGAGAAGCAUCAAUUAUCGUUAUAUAUUAUGUGUCCAUAUUUAGCAACAACUCUAGCUCUAUGGGAGUUCAAUAAAUAUCCAUCGACUGUAUUUGUUGGGGAUACAUUCAACUACUUGUCAGGCAUGACAUUUGCAGUUGUUGGAAUUUUGGGACAUUUUAGCAAGACCUUGCUGCUGUUCUUUAUCCCUCAAAUAUUGAACUUUUUGUACUCGACACCUCAGCUAUUCCACUUUAUUCCAUGUCCAAGACACAGAUUGCCUAAAUUUGAUCCUAAAACAGGAUUACUUAAUUACAGUAAAACAAGCUUCAAGCUUGAGGACCUAAGCAUUUUAGGAAGGAUAUGCUUCAACAUCCUUAAAACUCUACGACUGAUUAAAUAUGAAGUUACCAAAGAUAAUGUAAUUUACUGUAAUAACUUGACAUUGAUAAACUUUUUCAUCCUUUUUACUGGACCUAUUCAUGAAAAUAAGUUAAAUAAUCUUAUUUUAUGCUUUCAAGUUGCUUGUUCCUUAGUUGCAUUCAUGAUUAGGUAUCCUUUGGCUCAUUAUUUUUACGGAUAAGUCUUAAAAAUUUUAAUAAAGUGAAUUUGAAU